AUGAUUUACUUUGCUAUAGUUGCUGGUAUUGUUGCUUGUACGGGGGUUACACUGUGCGAAGCCACAUGUGGUGAACUUUAUGGUAAUCAAAUAAGCCAGGCGGACAAGCAAACGAUAGUAGACAUGCACAAUUAUCUGCGCUCUUUAAUCUCUCAAGGGAAAGUUCCGAGACAACCACAAGGCAAAAAUUUACGUGUUAUGACAUGGGAUAAUAUAUUAGCAAAAGAAGCUCAAAAAAUUGCCAAUACAUGCGAAUUCAGUCAUGUUAAAGUAUAUGAUCAACGAUUUUCUGUAGGUCAGAAUUUGGGAUGGACGAGUUCGAGUGCCGUUUCUGGCAAUAAAGAGUGGCAAGCAGUGAUUCAGCGCUGGUUUGACGAACAUAAGGACUUUAGGUAUCCCAAUGUUUCUAAAGGAGUGACAGGACAUUACACACAAGUUGUUUGGGCUGAUACACAUCUCGUUGGCUGUGGUUUUACCUGGUAUCGUAAAAAUUACUGGCAUGAAAAACUGUACGUAUGUAAUUACGGACCUGCGGGUAAUUAUAUUGGACAGCCGCCAUACAGAAUUUAAUAUCUGUUUAAAAUAUAG